AUGGCUUUUUCGAUGUUACGUUUGGUUCAAUUGAUGAUGAAAACUAUUCGAGCUUAUAUUGAAACAGGUGAACCAAUGAAUAAAGCAGAAGCUUAUGGUAUUCAAUCUUUGGGUGCAACAUUAGUCAAUGAAAUAGAUGUUGAUUAUUUUAACGUAGUUGGUUUUUCAAUUUAUCAUUUUUGUAUACAAUUAAAGGCAUUGCUUAAUAAUGAAAUCAAAUUUUAA